AUGUCCUCACCAAUAGUUAAACAGGAUCACGAAAACCUACAUCCAGAAGCUCUUUGCAUCUCUACCACGCGAAAACGAUAUCGAGACCCAUUAGUGGUAUUUGUUGUCGUACUGACCGUGCUUCUGGGCUUACGCUGCAUCUACAACCCCUUCGCAGCCACAAGCUUAGCGUCAAUCCAUAACAAUGACCUCGAUAUCCAGACCGUUGAUACCUACGAUGAAAACCAGCUCCAAGAGGUCGCUACCUUGAUGGAAGAGAUCUACACCGUCCUAGCCAAAACAUCCUUCAUCCCGCAUGACUCCAUCGAGCGUGGUCCUCAUCAAAUCAACACUACAGCCAGUCCGUGCAAGCUCGACGCAGCCGACUUCCGCUUGAUGGAAAUCCUCCCAUACGUCAACACUAGCCUAUCUGGGCACAAAUUUUGGCUUUGGGGCGGUACAUUCAUCGACUUUCGGAAGGAUCGUGAUUUGAACGUCGCUUGUGAUGCGAGUUGGGUAGAGGACGAUUUCGCAUAUGUCAUGAGACCAGGAAUGGUCCAUUUGACCGAAGGCGGCUGGGAGGACCGGGAUCACUACAGGACUUGGAAACUGCAAUAUGACACUAGGAAGCAUAUGAUAAGAGUCUACGAGGGCGAGGAGUGGUGGCCCUAUAGUCGUCGCUAUAGUGAGUUCUCGCCAAACUUAUCAUACGUUAGUUAUGGGCGAGAACAUGAUUUAAAUGACAUGCCCAUCUUUGGAGGCGAAAACAAAACAGGGCAACUGUCGGUGAAUAGGCACAGCCGUGACUGGAGAGAGUGGACCGAUGCGCCAACGUUCCUAAAGAGGAUCAGAGACGCAUAUCUGAGCAGAGCAUGGUCACCGUGGGAGACGUCGGAGACGAUGGACUCCCGACAUCAACAGAACGUUCUGCCCAGCAACAUCACAUCAGCUCUAUUACUGAAAAACGGCUGGCCUGAUCAAUUAGACGUUGAUCAGUUCAGAUCCGACUUCAUUCGGGCGCAGCACAGGCCAUCAGGACGAGGCUGGGCAGAAGGUGCUUUCCGGGAAAUCAAGGACCACAAGGACAAUCCGGAUGAUCUAUUCAAUAUUUAUUAUGGAAAAAGAAAACUACGACAGUAUGGAGAUGAACUCAAAGAUCUCGAAACCAGAAAUUUGACUGACGGUCCUUCGCUGUGGAGAAAUAUGCUCCACGGAGGGAGUCUUAGACGCGAGGUCGGCCGACAAGAAAGCGACUUCGAAGACGCAAAACAGCUCAUCCAGCGGCUAUGUUCAAACGAUGUAUGUGUUCAAGAAGAAGACCUGAUCCUAUGGGAGUUCCGGAAACUGGAGAAUACAUACACAAAAGCACAACUAGAGCCCAACGCCACGAUAAUGUGUGAGCAGCGUGAAUUGCAUCCAGAUCUGCUCUCGAGGUGUAUCUCCCAGCUCAACCUCGAACGAUACUGGCUGCAGUUGGCAUACCAACAAUCUCGUGCCGACGCUUACGCCUACUGCGCCCAAAACAGUAAACACCUCCUACCUCCUGCAUCAUUCGAGGCCCUCGCAAGCCACUGGAUCGCGAAGUAUGAAAGUUAUAUCGCCGAAUACGACCACGUGCCAGCAGAAUUAGAUGCAUGGCAAGAGAGGACCGGAGCACCUAAUUCUACCGUUGAGUUUCUUCGUAAGCAAUAUGACUCGGCUAAAGCCUGGGAUACAAGACUCAACGAGGGGAGAAUUGAGGAGAUAGUAAGGAGUUUGGCUGGCAGCGAUGGUGAUGAAGCCCGAUUAAAACUCUGGAAUAAUCUGGAGUUUACAGACGAGCCACGGUCCAUGGAUUAUUAUAAUGACAGCGACAAAGUAUUUUACUAG